GCAGGGUGGAAACACACGGGAGGCUGUCAGACGGUGAGAGCAGGAAAAACCGAGGAGAGGAGGACAUAAAGAGAGAGAACAGGAAAGAAGACUCACGUGGGAGAGCGAGCAGCAGGUGGAUCACACAUCAGGAGGUGUUUAUAUCUUAAAAUUCCUGUUUUAUAGAAAGGAAGUUCCCUUUUUCUCUCUGACUGACAGAAGGAUGGGAUGUGUGUUCAUGAAUUCUUUUGCAAAGGGAGCGAGCACCUGAGAAAGGAGCCGGACAGGAGACAGGCCCAGAGACGGAUACAAUGCUGGAUUACAAGACAGAGUUGUUAGUAUUUAAAAAAAGGAUCAGUUUCAAAACUUAAAUGAAUUCUGAACUGUGAAUUGCAGCCUUUUUGAAUCUCGGCAAACAAAGUCAAACCGGUUUUACAUGCCACAUGUGAACGAAUUCAACGAAAUUCACUCUGCGGCUGGACAUCUAGCCUGGAAGGAGAAGAAGUGGGGUUUCGACAUUUCCUUUCCUAUAACCCAGCAUUAUAAAGUCCCAACCAGGCAAGUGCAUCUACACAGCACACAGGAAGGAGCUUUUCUUCCAGUGUCACCCCCUCUGUAACCUCCACCAUGCAGACCCCAGGGCCCGAGCACGACGACUCCUUCGACUUCCUGUUCAAGAUCAUCCUCAUCGGAGACUCCAACGUGGGCAAGACCUGCGUGGUGCAGAAUUUCAAGUCUGGGAUUUUUGCAGAGAGGCAGCAGAACACCAUCGGCGUGGACUUCACUGUGCGCACCGUGGACGUCGAGGGGAAGAAAGUGAAGAUCCAGGUGUGGGACACGGCAGGUCAGGAGAGGUUUCGUACCAUCACCCAGAGCUACUACCGCAGCGCUCACGGCGCCAUGAUCGCCUAUGACAUCACACGACGCUCGACCUUUGACUCGGUGAAACACUGGAUCAAGGAGGUGGAGCUGUACGGGGCAACUAACGUGGUGCUGGUACUCAUAGGUAACAAAUGUGACAUGGAGCCGGAGCGCCAGGUUCAGUUUGAAGACGCCUGCGAUCUGGCAAAAGAGCGAGGCAUCCUCGCUGCUCUAGAAACAUCGGCAAAGGAGAGUCAGAACGUGGCGGAGGCCUUCAUGAUGAUGGCCAGAGAGCUGAUCUAUCGCAACGGCCUCAACGUCCACCAGGGAGACCCGUGGAGCACGCCCCGGGUUUCCCUCGGGGCCGACUCCCGGCCGGUUAACGGCGUGGUCAGUGCCUACGAACCUCCAGAGAAGAAGUCGUGUUGCUGAUUUGGACGUGGACAGAACGGGGAAGAUAAACAGUUGGACAUAAAGAGAUGAAGGGCACUUCCAUUAUGAAUGUUGGAGAAGAGAAACGGAAGAAAAUACAACCAUGAGCGAGAUCUCGUUGAGGCCAAGGCCUCCAAGAAUUAGACAAAUAUUGAAAAGUAUUGAAAAAUGAAUUCAAUGUACUUUUCUGUGACGUGAAGAGAAUCAGAGAAUUGCUCACUUGGUGCUGCAAGGAGGAGAGAGUCAAUGCUACGAUGAGGAGCGUUCGCCAUCGAGAGAAUAAGAGACACUGGAGAACGAGUGCGAUCAGUGUUGUGGUAAAGUUGCAUAAAGAACAAUUUCCUUUAUAUAAACUGCAUCUGGACAGUUUUAUCUCCUCCAGUGAUUGACUGUGUUUUACAUAUUCACAAAUAUCUGUAGUAGACUGUGAAUGGACAUUAAGUGGAUUCUGAUCAAUUUGUAUGACGUUGCAAGGCGAAAAAAAGAUUCUUUAAAAUGAGCAAAGGUUGUGAAGAAAGGUUUUCAGCCACUGAUGGUAAAUGGUAACUCACUCUCAUAUUCAUACAGUUCAUACAAUUUGCCCCAAAGACUUCUGAAUGCAGACCAGAGGAGCUCAGGAUCGAACCACCGACAUUCUGCUGACUGGACAACCCCCUCUAACUCCUGAGCCACACCCCCACCUAAUUUAUUCACGUUUACUUUUAAACAGUCACCCAUUUUAAUGAGACCUGGUUUAGGAGGACGUAUGGCCUUCUUUUUGUUUUGAGGACCACCUCUUCCUAAACACUAGGGGGCACUGUGUCCACAUAAAGGCACAACUACAGCCUGGGUGCUCAUUGCCAAACACAGUAAAGAUCAACUUAAUGUAAAACACAUGUGGCUGCACUGAGGAACAUCAAUGCAUCCCAGUAAACAGGAAAAAGUUGAAUCACCCUUCAGGCUCAACUAUGUCAAGGUCAGUUCCUGCAAACCCAACGGCCAAACUUAACGUAAUCGGACAAGGCUCCCGUCCAGGAUAUAACCUUCCUUUGUGUUCAGUGCCAGGUUGGACGGGGGUUCAGUGCCAACCUGGAAGUCAUGUAGCAGAUCUGAUGCAGCCAAUCUGCCUUUUAUCCAUUUUGUCAUGAGGGGGGAAAAAAACUCAUGUGCGGCCUUCAUCCAAAACUAAAGAUUCCAGUGUUAAAGCAAUAAAUGAUCAAUCAGUGACUGUGAAACCAUUUUUAUUUAUUUUCAGUAACAAACUUUAUUUGAGUUUCAUUGCUAAACUGUGUGUUUUACUCAGUCAGUGACAGCAGGAUAUGAAAUACCAUGUUUAAGCACCCGGGACUUGGGAGUUUCAUCAAGGGAACACACUAGGUGGCGCUAAUCAACACCACAAAACUUCUUCUUGGUCUAUGCAACAUCGAAAUCUCUGUCAUUCGUCAUAAUUCACAUGUCAAAUGAAAUGUAGGAUUGGCAGUCACAGACUAUGGCUGUGUCUCAAUUCAGCGGCUGCAUCCUUCAGACGGGGGAUUUGAAAAUGCAUCACAGCAAAAGAACCUGGCUGUUCCAUUUAUAAGGCUCCUUCAAAUGUGCGUCCCCUUCAAGAAAGGUUCCCGACGGUGGACCCCUCUCGGGCCGACCUAUCCCAGGAUGCAUUGCAAACGGUUUUUCCAAAAGAGAUAACUGUGGCGACAAGUGACUAGACAGAAACAUCAUGGAGUGUUUACUGGAUGGAGUCGGGCCUCCCUCCUGUCUUUUCCAAAUAUGUGAAUAGAGCUUUUUACCCCUAAUGCCCAGAGGUCAAUUUGAACAGGACUCCAUUUUUCUAUCAACUGUCUUUUGAAAUCUCAGAUCAGAUGAUUGCUCUGCAAUUCGUUAUGUUUCUAUCUAGUUAGCAUGUGGUGGAUUCCCAGAGAAGUCUAUCUGGAACUUUCAUGUCCUCAUUAAAACAGCGAUCUGCUUUCAUCCUA